GUCUGUAGAGGAUGGGCCUUCAGAUUCCUUGGCUGCUGGUGUGCGUGAGCAGCGUCCCUGCCUUUAUGAUCUAUACAAAGUGCAAGCGAAUGGAUGCGCGCGAGAUGCACGAGAUCCAAAUGCGCAUCAAGUACCACUCCGAGUACUGGAAGCGUGGCAAUGCGUUUGUGCGGGAGUUUCAAGGCAACGUUGCCGCGCAGCUCGCCAGCACGGCCGACCCGCUCACCGGGCGGGACAUCGCCUCCAUUCCCCCAACGGAACUCGCUGCCGCGGAGGGCGUGUCACGGAAUCGCAGAUGGUGGCUUUUCUAG